AUGGGUUUUGCAUUCAACCCCCACGACCCAAAUCCUGACCCGUUCAACCUGGAGCGGUUCGUCACGGCACAAAACAAAGACAACAGCUACAACGCCGCCCUGUCCGAGAUCAGAUCGGGACGCAAGGCCACGCACUGGAUCUGGUACAUCUUCCCGCAGCUUAAAGGCCUGUCGACCUCAAUCCGGGGCCAGCGCUACGGCAUCACCGGCUUGGCCGAAGCCCAGGCGUACUUGGAGCAUCCGGUCUUGCGAGCCAGACUGGUAGAGAUAUCGAGAGCGGUCCUCCAGGCGAAUCAGAAGCGUGCUUGGGCGCUGAUGGGGAGCGGGAUCGACGAGGAGAAGCUCUGGGCUUGUAUGACGCUUUUCCAGCGGGCGGACGGCCCGGGGGAAGAGGUGUUCAAGUGGAGCGAGGUGUUGAAGAAGUAUUUCAAGGGGGAGGGACAUCAGACGACGGAGGAAAUGCUAUUCUCGGAGGGUGCAGAUGAGGCUGAGGCAGGUGGCGGCGCAUAUUAG